AUGGUCGGUCCACGCGAUACUGCAAACGACCAAACAGUUCAGUAUGUUGACCGCGAUGAAGCACGACAUCCGGAAGUCGCCCAGGACAUGCAAUCCUCCCAAACACCCAGCUCGUCCAACUUUGAAAUGCCCCUCCUCCCUCCAGAUUCACCUCAGUCCAGGCAGACGCCCACACGUUCCUUAUCCCAUAAUGCCAACCUGAACUACAUAUCCUCUCCCUUGAACCCCAAUUUCUCCAUUUCGGCUCCUCAAGCCAAUCCACGUUAUCGGUCGCAGUCUCGCCAAAGCAUGCAAUUCAACCGCGUGGCUUCAGAGGACUCCCAAGUCCUCGCUGCAUCCAACAUAGCCUCCCUUCCUUCUGGUCAGCGUGGUUCAAUGAUAUUAUAUCGUAUAGCCGCAGAAGACAACAGUGGUCCAUUGACCGGACCGAAGCCAUUCCCUCAGCGCGAUUCGGUCCUCACUACCUCGGCAGAUUCCACUUUCUCACUUUCAUACGAUAGCAAGUACCCUUCUGGUGCUCGGAAUCCACGUGGUGCUCUCGUACCCUACGUCUAUGACCCAGCCCUUGACGAGCCAGAUCAGGAUGGUCCCCUUGAUGCUAAUGACGAUACUUUCAGCAGCACUGUCUUUCCCCUCAGAGGUAUCCUCAAUGUUGGGGUGCUCUCCCUCCUCAUUUUGGCCCUCUUAUGUCUCUUUAUCCUCUACCCCGUUGUCAGUUAUUAUCGCGAUAGCACCCAGAGAGAUUUGAUUACAGGCAACGUAUUCGUCAAUGGAACCGGCCAGGUUUCGUUUCUAUUUCAAAUGGCACAGCUCAUCGAUCCUGAUACGCCCAGUAGUGCUGCAACGCGGACAGGGUUUGAUGGCCUCCCUUAUGAACUGGUCUUCUCGGACGAGUUCAAUACAGACAACCGCACUUUUUGGCCUGGGGAUGAUCCUUUUUGGGAAGCCGUAAACAUCUGGUACGGGAGUACUGGCGAUCAGGAGUGGUAUGACCCCGGCCAGAUAACAACAAGGGAUGGGUACCUCAGCAUCGUCAUGGACCAGAUCCCUGAGAAUAACUUGCCUUAUCGGAGUGGUAUGCUCCAAAGUUGGAACAAGUUUUGUUUUACGGGCGGCUAUAUUGAAGUGUCAAUCAGUUUACCGGGGCCGAACCAGGAGACACAGGGUUAUUGGCCGGGUGCAUGGACGAUGGGUAAUCUUGCGCGUCCGGGAUACGGUGCGACUACAGACGGCGUUUGGCCUUACUCCUAUGACUCUUGCGAUGUUGGCACUUUCCCGAACCAGACAGAGCCGGAUGGUUCUGGGCCUGCUGCUGCUCUCCAGUCAGUUGCCUCGAAGGCCAAGUACAAUUAUGAACUAUCAUGGUUGCCGGGACAACGCCUCUCGUCAUGCACCUGCCCAGGAGAAGAUCAUCCCGGGCCAUCCGUAAAUGUUGGCCGUGGUGCCCCUGAAAUCGAUAUUCUCGAGGUCGAGCAUAAUAAAGUGGGCUCGGGACAGGUUGUCUCGCAGUCCGGCCAGUUUGCACCCUUCUCGCACGAUUACACCUAUCUCAAUGCCACCCAGGAUGAGUGGUUUAUCAACACACCUAGUAUCACAAAUGCGAAUCCUUAUCUCGGGAGUGCAGUCCAGCAAGCAGUAUCUGCCUUAACGAUUCUUCCCGAUGAUAUUUUCCAAGAAUCUGGCGCGCAGUUCACGACUUUUGGCUUCGAGUAUUGGUCGGAUCCCUCAAAUCCUUCAGACGGGUAUAUCACAUGGCAGACCGCCGGCGUCGAGUCCGCGCGUGUUGGCGCCGCAGCACUUGGUCCCGAUCCGUUACCAGCAGGCACAGGCGUGUCGCAGCGACUAAUCUCCGUAGAGCCAAUGUCCAUUGUCCUUAACUUGGGUAUCUCACCGGGUUGGCAGACGAUUGACACAAGCACGAUGAUCUUCCCUGCUGAGAUGCUUGUUGACUACGUUCGUGUGUAUCAACGGCGAGGGCAGACGAAUGUUGGGUGCAGCCCCGCAGACUUCCCUACGGAUGACUAUAUCAAGCGACAUAUGGAUUCGUAUAUGAAUCCCAACCUCACGUCAUGGAAUUAUCCAAAACCGCAAAACAGCUUGGUGCGUCGUCCUUGA